UCAGGCAUCCCCGCUCCGUCUCCCCCAUGACCCUAUACGCGGUGCUGGCCGCGUGGCCUGUUGUAGUGACGGCGAUAGUGGUCAUAUGCUAGUAUGCAGUGAAAGGCCCGUUAGCUUCGUGCGCGCGGAAGUCCCGGAUCCUUCUUUCCGGCGUCUUUCCUUCUCUCGGCGGCGGGCGCCAGGGAAGGGAUUUCCUGGGACGAGCCGCCGUAGCCCACUGUACUGUGGCUUUAGUAAACUGGCGAUUCGAUGGUGAUCGGAGCACCACUUGAAUGGUGCAACUUGAGCUGCGGUGCGUAGUAUAGAACAACCUCAUCGCCUACCCCCGGUCGUCUUGCCCUCUCCUUCAUUGACGGAUGUAAUGAAAGGGCAGUCGUGACGUCAGUGUGUUGAAGCUAUAAGAAGGGUCAGCAAUCAGCGUUGGGAGCUGGAAACGGAGGCUACGUUUCAAUUUGGAGUAACCGGCUCUAUCCCGACGACUAUCAUGAAGGCCCUGAUCGUGCUCGUCCUUGCGGCCGUUGCGCGGGCUGGUGUUGUGCAGUACGUUCCUGAAGAUGGCGUCUCCACCCAGCAUCGGACGCAGGAUAUUUGGGGCAACUACAACUUCGGCUAUAACGAGAAGCACUCCGCUGGCGGCUCCUGGCGCAAGGAGUCAAGUGAUGCCUCUGGAAACACUGUCGGCUCGUACGGCCUGCACGACGCCGACGGCCGCGUGCGCAUCGUCAACUACGUGGCCGACAAGUACGGCUUCCGCGCGUCGGUGGCCACCAACGAACCCGGCACCGCCGCUUCCAGCCCAGCCGGCGUAGGCAUCAACGCUCCGCAGGGACCCGUCGGACCUUACAACGGCGUCGGAGACGCCGAAGGAGCCGGCAUUGUCUUUGCUGCCACGGCGCCCGUCGGCGUCGCCGCUCCGGCUCCAACCUCGGCUGUUGCGGUUCCCGUUUCUGUCUCUAAACUUUCACUCGCUCGAACCGCUCCCGCCGUGACGUACGCUGCUGCAAGCACGACUUUCGCCGCUGCUCCUGUUGCCACUAACGCUUUGAAGUUCGCGGCUGCCUCACCGGCUGCUUUCAUGGCUAACGUCUACGGUCCGACCAUUGGCGAACUCAUUGGGUACGCUUACGGCAAGCACAAAUAGGCAAAAAAGAAAGAAGGCAAAACUCCGGCUGUAUCAUUUUCUAUACACUGGGAGUUUUACCGCCUUGGUCCCGAGUUUAAGUUAUUUAUGGUUAGCCUGCAGGAUCGAUCGGUUGAUACUGCGCCACGUGUUGUGUUUUGUUCCCCCGAAAAUUACAAAUAGUUUUUCGCUCACCUUUUUGUUCCCUGGUUAGCACCUGAGCUUAUUUCCGUGUUUGUUCCAUAAGUGUGUGUCUCUGAUCAAACGGUGUAUCGUUGUACAAUGUUUCCCUCCUUCAAGUGAAAUAAACGCACUGCUGUAUGUUCAUGACUCAAAACCUUACAAAGGACCUUGAACGCAGACUGGUGCUGAGUUAUCAACUGUGUUGCUUCUUUGCUGUU